AUGAUUGUGUUUCAAGUGUUUAAUAGUAAUGAUUUAGUUAAUAUUGUGUUUACUGGUGUAAUGGUGGUAGUAGAUGUUGUUGUUAUGGUGGUGGUGGUGGAAGGUGUACUUGCAGCAAUGGCAGUGGUGGUGGUUGUUGUUGCACAAGUGUUGGUGCUUGUCCUGAUGGUGGUGGUGGUUGUUGCACAAGUGUUGGUGCUUGUCUUGGUGGUGGUGGUGGAUGUUGUUUGUAGCGGAGGUGAUGGUGGUGGAUUUUUUUGUAGUAGUGAGGGGGUGGUGUUGGUGAUAAUAUCAUUGAUGUUGUUAGUGAUAAUCAGGAUAAUAAGCUUACACAUUGCUGAUCUGUUGGAUUACCAGAUCCCAGGAUUUAUAAAAUAA